AUGAAUGCUAGGUAAUGCAAGGCAGGUCAAAAUAGGAUUGAGUAGUGCGGCGAAGGGUAACAUAGGGUACUGUAAAACAAGAUAUAAUAGUGUAAGACAAGAUAAGUCAGGGCAGGAUAGGGUACUGUAAUGCUCAAUAAGGUAGGUUAGGGUAGGGUAGGGUAGGGAGGGGUAGGGUAGAGUAGGGUAGGGUAGGGUAGGGUAAGGUAAAGUAGGGUAGGGUAGGGCAAUGUAUAAAUACUUAUCAUUUUUGCCAGACAUUCACAUACUGCGUUAUUUUAAUUGAACGUUCUCGCCACUAUUUUUAUGCCUAAAAAACAGCAAUAAAUUUUUAAUGCCGUCUGUAGCCUUUAUCAACCUUAAUAUUGUCACGCUCAACUGAAUGUAAACGGCUGUUGUUCUACUAUUGUUUUAAGAGUUCUUCCCUACCCUAACAUAAUUUUUGAGCGUGGUAAAAAAUCUUUUUAGUGGGGAGUGGAAUUGUUUUUAGCAGGGGGGGGUGAAAAUGAUUUGAAAAGCAAUUUUUCAAAAAAAAAUUUUUUUUCGGCGUGUAAAAAAAUUUUUACCCUACUCUACCUUACUCUAAAGUGAAACGUUGUAACAAAGUGUAAAAUAUUCUAAUAGCGCGGUAAAAAAUUUUCUUGGGCGUCUUAAAUUUAAAAAGCAUUACUCAUUUCUUGCAAUUUUUAAAAUUUUAAAACUUUUAUUUUAAAAAAUAAAAAAAAACUAAAAUUUAAUUUUGUUUUUUAAUAUCUCAUCGUUUUCAGAAGCGUUGACCCAGUAGCCGACUCAAAACCAAACAACGGCAUGACGCCCACCGUUCAGAACGGUCACACAAAUGGGGAUCUUAACCAUAUGAGGGCUGUAAGUUCAUUUUGUUAAUAAUUUUGAAGGUUUUUUAGGUAACAAAAUGGUGUUUUUUUACAUUUUUAUUGCUUUUUAGGCAGGGUGGGGGUAAUUUUUUUGGUCAUGGAAAUACUUUUCAAAAAAAAAUUUUUUUUAUCAAUAAUUUUUAAAAAACACCCUCCGAAAUAUAUUUUUUCAAAAAAAAAUUAUUUUUAUACCGGGCUGGUCAUUUUUAAAAAUUUAAAUGAAAAAAAAAUUUUUUUUGAAAAAAAAAUUUGAAAAACACCCCCCCCAAAAUAAUUUUUUUCAAAAAUUUAAUUUUUAAUCCGAGGAGGUUAUUUUUAAUUUUUUUUAUAAAAAAAACGUUUUAGCUAAAAAAUUUUGAAAAACACCCCCCCCCCAAAUCUCAUAUAUUUUUAGGAAAACGGUCCAACCCGGACCCGAUCGAUGGAUUCGGACAAAAUCGUGGAAUGGGAGCCAAGCCCUGAAGAAAAAGAGAUUAUUAAACAGACAUGGAGUGACGAUUUCAGUUUUCUUUAUGAAUUAGGGUCAAGUAUCUAUGUUUAUAUCUUCAACCACAACCCUGAGGCCAAGAAGUUGUUCCCGACCAUUCAUCAACAUGGAGAGAAAUAUAAAGAAUCCAAGGAAUUCAGGGCACAAGCAUUGAAGUUUGUACAAGUAAGGAACCUAUCAUACUUUACACUUUCGUACCCUAUCCUACCUUACCCUACCCUACUUUGUUGUGCUUUACAGUACCCUACCCUACCCUUUUUUAUUGUGCUUUACAGUACCCUACCCUACUCUACCUUACUUUACACUAUCAUGUUUUAAAGUAUCUUAUCUUACUUUACUUUGCUCUAUUCAACUCUACUCUGAUCUUACUCAUAAUACAUUGUCCUAUGUUGCCUAAAUGGACUCUAGUCAGCUUUACGGUACUCAGCUCUACCCUACCUUAUCGCUCAUCUCUUACCUUAACUUACUUUAUCAUAGCCUACUCUACAGUACCUUGACCUCUCUUAAUUUUUCUCACCUUACCUUUCCUUGCAUCACAGUACUCUAUUUAGUCUUACAGUAUCUUACUCUAAUUUACUCUUUUUUAUUCUAGCUUACGGUACCAUUCUUAUUUCUGUAGUAUGCCCUACCCUUAUUCUGCUUUUUUCUUACCUUGUUUUACCCUGUCCUUGCUCUACCUUUGCUAUACCUCAUCUUACGUUACCUUAUUCUUACCUUAUCUUCCCCUACUCUGCUCUACCCCCACCUACCUUGUCCGGCCCUAUUCUACCUUACAGUCAAUUUACAGUACUCUUAAAAUUUUUAUGUUAAAAUUUUCAAUUUCAGGCCAUUUCCCACACCGUGAAGAACAUCUAUCACAUGAACGACCUUGCCCCCUAUCUAUCAGACAUUGGCCGAAGGCACGUUAAGUUCGCAGAACGUGGCUUCAAACCCGAAUAUUGGGAUCUGUUCUUGGACGCCAUGGAACACUCAUUAUCAGAUCAAAUCAACUCAAUCCAGUCCAUCGAUGACACGAAACGAGCAAAGGCAGUCCAGGUAUGGAGAAGAUUGGCAUUCUACAUUAUAACCCAUUUGAAACGAGGCUUCUUCGCUGAAAUGGACCGGUUGGAAAUGAAAUAA